AUGACUCAGCAAUCAUUUUAUAAAUUAUUAGAAGAAGUAUCUCCAUAUCUGACCAAAAAUAGUCGUCGUCAAUCUAUCUCAGCAGAACAUCGGUUGCUAAUAACAUUGAGGUAUUUAGCUACAGGUGAUGAAGUAUCAUCUCAGGCAGUCGAAUAUCGUAUUGGAAGAUCAACACAUCAUUCAAUUAUUAAUGAAACGUGUGCUGUGUUGGCCCAAGUUUUAAUGCCAAAAUAUAUUAAAGCUCCAGAUAGUGAUCAAUGGAAAGCUAUUUCUGAUGGUUUUUAUCAAAAAUGGAACAUGCCUAAUUGUAUUGGUGCCAUUGACGGAAAACAUAUUGAAAUAAUUGCUCCACCUAAAUCAGGAACCAUGUGCUACAAUUAUAAAAAAACAUUUAGUACCGUACUCUUGGCAGUGUGUGAUCAUGAAUAUAAAUUUACCUUUGUUGAUAUUGGUGCAUAUGGAAGUGAAAGUGAUGGUGGUGUUUUUGCAAGAUCUUCAUUUGGAAAAGCUUUAGAAGAGGAUAAAUUAAACCUGCCAAAAGAAAAAACAAAAUUCCAGGAUCUAAUAUGUUUACUCACCAUUUUUUUGUUGGAGAUGAAGCUUUCAAAAUCUCACGCCAUAUGA